AGCGCUGCGCGUUCCCGCGGGGACCUGGACUGGGCCGGAGCUAGAGCGGAGCCGAGGCGGCGCAGGAGCAGCUGUCGGGCCACACACGCAGCCAGAGCAGCCGGCGCUCAUUUUGUCGAGGCGGACCUCCGACCGGCGGGGACGAGAAGCGUGGGGGAUCAUAUGUGCCGGACCGCAAGAUGGUUCGGGAAACCAGACACCUCUGGGUGGGAAAUUUACCCGAACACGUUCGAGAGGAGAAAAUUGUGGAGCAUUUUAAACGGUAUGGCCGUGUGGAGAGCGUUAAAGUUCUGCGAAAGCGAGGUUCAGAGGGGGGUGUUGCAGCUUUUGUGGAUUUCGUGGACAUCAAAAGUGCACAGAAGGCUCACAAUUCCGUCAACAAGAUGGGAGAUAGAGACCUUCGGACUGACUACAAUGAGCCAGGGUCAGUGCCUAGUGCUGUGCGAGGCCUUGAAGACAGCUCCCCCUCGAGCAGUCGAGACGUUGCAGGAUUCUCUAGGGGAACAGUUGGUCCAGUAUUUGGGCCACCUGUGUCUCUUCACACCAGAGAGGGACGUUAUGAACGGAGACUAGAUGGUAGUUCAGAAAGCCGUGAACGUGCAUAUGAUCACAGCCCAUACGGACAUCACGACCGCAGUGGAACUUUUGAUAGACAGCGACACUACAAUGCUGAUUAUUAUCGUGAUCGCGCUGUGUUUGCCACUGCUGGCCCAGCGAGCAGUGCUAUUGGAGGAGCCUUUGAGGCGACAGACCCUCAUUUUGACUCCAGAAUACGAGACCCAUUCACUCUGACUAAUUCAACCCGGCGGGACCUGUACAGAGAUGAGAGAGGACGACGUGUUGAUCGCACAUAUCAUCAUCGUCGAAGCCGAUCAUCGCAUUCCUCACAAUCGAGGCAUCCUUCCCCUCAACGGACCACAGUACAAACCCCCAAAACUCCUCAUUCCCCUAAAAGAGCCCCCUUAUCCCCUGGAAGAGGCCCAAGAUCACGAUCUGCCAGCAGAUCCUCAAGCUCAGACUCUGUCAGCAGCACCAGCAGCACAGGCAGUGGGAGCGAUUCAAACAGCAGCUCAAGUGAUGGAUCUCGGCCACGCUCAGUCCAGUCAUCAGCUACACACGCACCUCCUCAGUCCUCUAUGGGGCUUGAUUCUGAAGAGCCACGUAGAAGUUUUGGAAUUAAAGUCCAGAAUCUGCCAGUGCGCUCUACAGACACAAGUUUAAAAGAUGGGCUCUUCCAUGAAUUCAAAAAACACGGGAAAGUAACCUCAGUGCAGAUCCACGGCGCAUCCGAGGACCGCUAUGGUCUGGUGUUCUUCAGGCAGCAAGAAGAUCAAGAGAAAGCCCUGACUGUCUCCAAAGGAAAGCUGUUCUUUGGCAUGCUUAUUGAGGUCACUGCCUGGAAUGGGCCUGAAACUGAGAGUGAAAAUGAGUUCAGGCCUUUGGAUGGGCGAAUAGAUGAAUUCCACCCAAAGGCAACAAGAACACUCUUUAUAGGGAACCUUGAGAAGACUACCAGCUAUCAACAACUCCUUGACAUCUUUCAGCGGUUUGGAGAAAUUGUGGACAUUGACAUCAAGAAAGUUAAUGGUGUUCCCCAGUAUGCCUUUGUUCAGUAUUCUGAUAUUGCCAGUGUUUGCAAGGCCAUAAAGAAGAUGGAUGGAGAGUAUCUGGGAAGUAACAGACUAAAGCUCGGUUUUGGAAAGAGUAUGCCCACAACUUGUGUUUGGCUUGAUGGUUUAGCAGCCAACAUUACAGAGCAGUACCUCACACGCCAUUUCUGCCGUUAUGGACAUGUAGUUAAGGUUGUGUUUGAUCGACUGAAGGGAAUGGCCCUCAUCUUAUACAACAACACAGAUUUUGCCCAAGCAGCUGUGAGGGAGACCAAAGGCUGGAAAAUUGGUGGCAAUAAAAUAAAGGUGGACUUUGCAAGUCAAGAAAGUCAGAUGGCAUUUUACCGCUCAAUGCAAGCAUCUGGUCAGGACAUUAGAGACUUCUACGAAAUUCCACCUGAGCGACGAGAGGAACGAAGACCACCAUUUCAUGAAUUUACUGCGGAGAGGGCUUUCUAUGAGAAUAUACGAGCCCCUAGUCUUUAUCCAGAGGAGGCUAGGAGAGACUAUGCUGCACGUAGCAGAGAACGCUUUCCUGAACUGGAACAUUACCAAGGGGAACACUUUGACCCACGUUAUCACGAAGAUCCCAGAGAUUUUAGGGACUUCAGAGAUCCCUUUGAGCAAGACAUCAGAAAAUAUACAUUUAUACAAAGGGAGAGAGAGAGGGAGCGAGAGCGCUUUGAAGCUGAUCGUAGCAGGUGGAGCCCAUCUCAUCCUCGGCGACCGGUUACUCCCACAGUAUCACCUUCACCAUCUGAACGUGCUCCUAGAGAUUCAGAACGGCGUGUUUACAGCCAGUCCUCUGAGAGAAGUGGUAGCGUGAGCUCAGUGUCACCGACACAUUUUGACAAAUCUGAAAAGACUCUGUUAGAACCUGCAACUAAGAGUGAAAAGACCAGUCAACCAGCAGCGGCUGAUAAAGCCAAACGUACAAAACGAAAAGAUAAAGCUGAUAAAGAUAAAGCAGACAAGAUUAAAUCGAGGAAAGCAAAAGGUCAGUCCCCAUCCCAUCCAUUGCCUGAUACAGAACUUGAGGCUGCUUUUGAAGGAGGAUCUGGACGAGGAAGGGGAUUAGAUCAAGAUGCUCAUGAUAGACAGAAAUCUAAGGGGGAUGGUGACACUCUCUCUGGAACACCAGUGUUGGCUGCUCAUCAGGAUGCUGUAAAAAGUGAAAGACCUGAAAUAUGCAAAAGUGAAAAUUUAGAUUUGGAUGGAAGAGCUCGAGUCAAAAAACAACAAAAAUCGGAAGCUGGAAAUGAUGACAAAGAUUCAUCAGGGGACUCUGAUCGUCUUGCUGCCAGAAAAAGACGUUUUGCUGAUCCUAGUGGAAGGACUGUUCGUCAGAAGAGAAGCAAGCACGAAGAGGAUGAUGGUAAUCAGUCCUCUGACUUUGGUGCCAGUUCCACUUUUUUGAAAGAAUUAGAUGCUGAAAAACACAAAGAUUCACCACGGAAAGAACCAAGACUAAAAACCGAUAAAAGUAGCACUCAGAAGAAUGGUCAAGAGGACCUUAGAGGCCAGAGAGAGAAAUCAGAGGGAUCUUUGGACCCACUGGAAUCAAAACGACAUCCAGGGAGCACUUCAUCCAGAAGGUUCUCACAAGAGGGAGUCCUGGAUCAAAGCGGUGCAAGAGAACAAGACCACCAUGGUGCAUUCAAACUGAGUCAAAAUGCCGAAACUAAUAAAAGUGUCGGCAACAAGGAAGAUCAUGUUGACAUUGACCUUUCUCAGAGUUACCGCAAACAGAUGGAGCAGAAUAGACGCAUGCACCAGCAGCAACAGCAGCGUGAGUCUGACAAACCUGAGAAACCAGCAAGUCCCCAGAGAAAUGAAACAGAGGACUUGGACCAUCGUAGUCUUGUGCAUGAAGUUGGCAAACCACCUGAAGAUGUCACAGAUAAUUUUCCAUCUCACAAACUGAAAAAGAUUGACCAAUUUGACUCUGAACCUGGGGUAAAAAGAGAGCGUGUUUACAGAAGCUUUAGACAAAAAAGCGAAGAUCCUGAGUGGAACAACACCCCCUCUCCAGCACAUCCGCUCUUCUCUCAUCAUCCGGAGGAAGACUUUAUAGAUGCUUCUCAGAAAGAUGUGUGUAGAAGUGAUGAGAAAAAUCACCAAGAUCUGGAACUAUUAGUGAAAAGGACACACAAUACACAGGUGAGCAAAACAAACGCACCUGUACUUAGUGUUGAAGAAGAACAGCAGAAGAGGUGGGAGACUAGAAUCAAACAAGACUCAUUGCCUAACCUAAACCUUUCUAGAAAUCUCGGUAAAAACCUUCAUAAUCGUAAGCGUCUGGAAUAUGGCAUUUGGCAAGACUUGGAGCCUGGAGAGGUACGAUCAGAUUCUGAAGAGGACAGAGAGCCCAAACCCAACUCUCCUUUAGCCUCUACAUCCAUCCCUUAUUCUGAGAGGCAGAGGGCUGAAAGGUUUUCAGACCCAAAACUGGCACAUCUGGAAAGAAACAAAUUCUACUCCUUUGCACUUGACCAGACCAUCACCCCAGAUACAAAAGCUCUGCUGGAGCGGGCAAAAUCCCUCUCAUCUUCUCGGGAAGAAAACUGGUCCUUUUUAGAUUAUGAUUCUCACUUUGCAAGUUUACGCAAUAGAAAAGACACAGAGAAAGUAGAAUCAACACCAAGACCUACGCCGUCCUGGUACAUGAAAAAGAAAAAGAUUCGUAGCGGAUCUGAAGACAAACUUGAUGAUAGGAAGGAAGAACCAAAGCCUGGGGACCAGGAGCGCAGGGAACUUUUUGCCUCACGUUUCCUUCACAGUGCUGUCUUUGAGCUGGACUCGAGACGACUUCAGCACCUUGAACGCAAAUAUGAAGAACUUCAGCAUAUGCAAAACCAACAACUUGGUCAGCAAGGGACGGAUGCAGAACUUGAGACCGAGCCAGUGGUUCUUUUCCACAGUCGUUUCUUGGAGCUCACACAACUGCAGCAACAGAAGAAUAAGAUACAGCAGCCCGAGGAGGCAAAAGGAGAUGCAGUGGUCACAGAUGAGAUUGAAGAGGAAAAACCAUGUGAUCAAGAAGAAAAAGCUGUACAGUCUCCUGCUACAGCAGAGUCUGUCAUAGAGGCCGAAAUUAAACCCAUCAGUCCUGCUGAACAAGUAAAUCCAGAAUCCACACCCGUUCCAAGUUUUGCCCCUCACUCUGUUAUCAAGGACAUCCCUCCAUCAGAUGAAAAAUGUGUUCCAGUGACUGAAACCCAUGAUGUGAUUCCCCCUGUGCCUUUUAUAAAAGAAGCAAAAGAAGCGGUAAAAGAAGUGGAACAAAUUGUGAUCAUUCAGCAAUCACCAACUGAGACAUCUGAUUCUGAACGAGCACCGAUGGCAUCAUCCGAACCUAGUAAUUCAAUGACUAAAUGUAAUGUUUCUCCAUCCCAGGAGAAACUAAUUGCCGCGGAGGAUUUUCCAGUUGCCGAACAAACAUGCCAAAGUUCACAAGAAGAGUUUAUUAGCAGUUCAGAACCAGAGCUGGAUCCUGAGAUGAUGCAGCCAGAGGUGCCUCUAGCCAGUAGUCCAGCACGACCCAGUUUUGUUGAGGAUGUGGAUUUAAUCAAGAAAGCAACUCAGUUCACCUGUAAAACUACAGACGAGCCAGAAGGAGAGAAGAAACCAAGUAAAGAGCAGAUGCCUGGUGAAGUUGAUGCAGAUAAAGAGCCAGUUCCUCCUCAAAAAGAGACUAAAAAAGAAAUGAAAACUAAAAAGAGCAAACAGCCUCCUGCUCAAGUUCCUCCUGCUCCUGUCAUGUCUACCUCAGUUUCUGAAAAACAGGCUACACGAAAGAGUGAGCGCAUUGAUAAAGAGAAGCUGAAACGUGGUUCAUCUCCAAGAGCUGAAUCAAAGUCUACAAGCAAGUCUCCUAUUCAUGGAUCAGAUCCCGAUGCCUUAGAGCAGAGCAUACCUUUAGGCAGAGCAAGACGAAGAAAUGUUAAAUCUGUUUAUGCCACCCCAGUUGAAGACGAUACACCAGCUCGCACUGGGAAGGAAAUUACAGAUUCGCCACGUGGACGAAAGCGAGUUACAGAAAAAGAUGCAGUGCAUCAAAGUACUGAAAUGGAGAUCCCUGCUCCGACUCCUGCAGCAAAGAGGGGUCGUCCUCCGAAGAACCGCAGGCAAAGUGAAGAGAAUUCCGCUGCUAAAGUAGAAAAAUCAAAAUUGGACAAUAAAGACACUGAUUCCAAUGAAUCAGAAAGUGGUGAACGAGUGCCAAGAGUGUCUAAAGGGAAAACAAGCCUCAAUUUUACGAAAGUUUCACCCACUCAGAUUUCCUCAGCUGUGGCAUCUGGAUCAACAAGGAAGGGGGACAGUACUGAAGCAGUUGAUGAGGAGCAAGGAAAUGAUUUUAAAGAUGCUGUGGCUUCUGUAGAUUCAUCAAGUAAAGAUGCAUCAAUAAAAACUGACCAAAAGAAAGAUGAGAAAGAUAAACAAGGCACAGAAUUAGGCAAAGAUGGUCUCCAUGAAAUACCGUGUGAGGGAAAAUCAAAUGGGAAAGAGAGAGAAUCCCAAGUUGUAGAUGAGAAACCCACUUCAGAGAAAGACAGGAUUGUAAGAGGAAAAACCAAAUCAACAAAGAAUCCAAAGUCUCCUGUGCUCAAAAACCUCAAAAUCAGACUAAAUGUCACAGAGGUUCAAGAUCUUCUUCAGUUAAGUGAAGAAGAUCUUGGAAAUCAAGAAGACACAUCAGUUAAAAUCAGAGCUGGUGACUCGAAUGACCCUGUUUCAAAGUGCAUUGAUGUGAACACAGAAGAUUGUAAUGAAGAAAAAAAUGAAAUUGAAACUUCCAAAAAACUAAUAUUACAGGAGCGUGAAUUGGAGCAGGCAGUGGAGAACAUUGCAAAGCUUACAGAUCCAACUUUUCCAGCAGAACCACAAAUACCACCAAACCUGCCUGCAGAUGUAAAAAGUGAAGUAGAGGAAGAAAAGCCAUCUAAUCCUGCUAGUGAGACAGAACUUAUGGCUGCUAUUGACUCAAUAACUGCUGAGGAUGUGGGUGUACCUCUUACCCCAGCACCUCCAUUAAGUACAGCUGUAGGUUCAGAACCUCCGAUAGACUUUGUUAAUCCUGUCAAGGAACAUGAAACAAGUACAUCUGUCAUACAAGAGGAACCUUCCUUCUCUAAUACACCAAAAAAGGGACACAAGGGAAGACCAAAAACACCUAAACGUUCAAAAGUCCAGAAGCAAGUAAGAAAAGAUUCAAAUGAGGGACAGCCAUUAGGUGAUGAGCUAACCACACGUUUAGCUGAGACCACAGUUGCAGAUGUAAAGAGUGAUGAACCUCCUGCAGCAGCAGCAGCAACACCUGCAGCAGCAACUGCAGCAGCAACUGCAGCAGCAACUGCAGCACCAGCAGCAGCAACUGCAGCACCAGCAGCAGCAACUGCAGCAGCAGUCAUUACUCCUACUUCUUGGAAACCUGAAACUGAGCUCUUGGCUGUCAAGUCUCCAGAUGUAAACACGGAGUCUGUGUCCACUGUGGAAGAAGAAACGCAGCCUCUUAAACCUGUGUAUCCCCAGUCUAAGAGUCCAGUAUGUCCAAAGCCCCAACAGUUGCCACCCGACUGCAUCUCCCCUUCCUUGUCUCCUCGAGCAAGCAGGCCAAAUAUCCGACCCAUUCAGACUAGUCGAGUUCCUGUUUCUCCACCAGACUGGCAAAACCAGUCUAAAGAUACUGGUGUUUCCUCCUCACCUGCCAUACCAUCGGUAGACAAGGAAAGCCAGCUUUUACCCUCAGAAUCUGACAAUAUGGCCGUUGAUCAUGGCACAAGUGACUUAAGACAGAUUCUAAUGAAACCUAAAACAAUAUCCUUGCCAGGCAGUAGUUCUAAUCCUGGUAUUCUGCCUAAUCUGCGAGAUCAGAACCCACCUGAAAGUAACACUUCACUCACGACUGUUGUGCAAAAUAAAUCCCCACUCCUUGAUGGUAAAACACCAAGUCAUUCAUCCACACCCGUUGUUCGCCCUCCAACUUCAUUAACCUCUCCUGAGACAAAGUCUGUGAUCUCUGUGAUCGCAUCCACUGCAACCUCUGUUAUCAGUCGUGUUUGCAACGCCCCUGACCCAGAGGAAAAGAUGAAAAUUACAAAUCCCUGCGCAGACAUGGCUCUAGCCAAACCAACGUAUAGGUCCAGUAAAGAUGAUACUGGAUCGUAUCAUGGGCCAUCUAUUGGUGACGAAGUCGGAAGUGCUGCACGCUUCAUUGUUGAAAGCCCCACUCUUGUUCCUGGCUCUUGCUCUGGAUUGAGAGUAAAUACAUCUGAAGGAGUGGUAGUGCUAAGCCACUCAGGCCAAAAAACAGAGGGGCCCCAAAGGAUUAGUGCAAAGAUUAGUCAAAUCCCACAAGCAACAGCAGGUGAUAUGGAAUCUCAGCAGUUGGUGUCUAUGCCUCAGAACAUUUCUAAACAAGAAAUAUAUGGUCAUUCACAGUCAGGACUCCAGAAGGGCCUUUCAUCCCAGGCAGAUCAUGGGCACCCUAGUAAACCACAAUCCACUCUGUCUUCUAUUAAACAAGAAAGCAGCGGUUUGGAAAAGAUGGAUUCUGCUUAUCAGUCUGGACCUCAAGGAGUAGUAAAGCGCCUUGCGCAGGGUAACCAGCAGGUGCUGGGUUAUCCAGAAUACAUGCAAUUGAAACAUCAGAAGAAAAUGGACAGUGCUGAUCCUCACAGUACAGAUGGAACUAAACCCCCUUGGACCUCUGCUGUAAGUCCUGCGAUUAGCCCCCAUUUGCCCACUACACCUGGGAACCAUGUGGGUUUUGUUACGUCAGCGGGUGAAAGAGCUUCUUCUCAUCUUGGUGGGAUUAAACAAGAACCCCGAUCCCCACGCAAGUCAGGUCAUCCACACUCUCCCUUUACUAAGGUGUCCUCACCCAUAGGCUCCUCCUCACCCAAGGGCAUCCCUGUCAUGUUAUCAACUGGCAUUCCUGCUAUGCAACAGUUUAUAACAGGUGUACACCAUCCAGAGCAGUCGGUUAUCAUGCCACCUCACAGUGUGCCUGGAGGGUUGGGACGGAUGUCUCCUCACUGUGUUACACAGUCAAUUUCAGUGGGCCAUCUUGUUCAAGGAGAUGUCAGGGUCAAUACUCCACCUCUGUCUGUGAUGAACUAUGGGAUGCAUAGUGAGCCUCUUUCCUCUCCCUGGCCUGGUAGCAUGCAGCCACGGCCUUCCUCACCCCAGGCUGUUGGCAGAGACAAAGUUCUCAAAGUCAACCACGGCUCUCUGAGGAGUCACGAGGGGGAAGCAGAAGAUUCUAGACACUUCCACCAAACAGGAAGACCAUCUUCCACUCUGCAGUCAGAUCCUCGCGGGCCUUUGAGGGGCAGCGUUCAGUUGGAAACGUACAUGGCUCAGAGAGAUAUGCGUGUGCUGCUGCACCAACAGGGGGAGCGGUCAAACACAGACCCCCUUUCUGGACACAUUCAAGAAGCCUUACCACCCUCUUUAUCUCCAAGAACCCAUGUUUUGCCUAAAAGUGUGUCUGAGAAGGAUUUAACAAAGUCGUUGGAAGCAAAGAGGCCACAUUCUCCUCUUACUAAGGAUGAAAUGAUUGGCAUCAGGCAAUCUGGAUCAGUCAUGGCCUCUCCCCAGCGAGUUCAGAUAAUACCACCAGGACCGAGUAGCUCGUUCACAGAGUACCCAGGAGUGUACCCAAGAAACAUCCACUCCCAAAUACCAGAGACGUCUGUUGGACAUAACCAGCCACAGCUGAAUGUCACACCGACAAUGGGUGCAGACCUUCAGACAAAACCUGAUAGCAAAGUGACGCAGCCUGUUAAUAUGGUGCAGUUGCUGACGAAAUACCCCAUUGUAUGGCAAGGCCUUCUGGCACUGAAAAAUGACACGGCUGCGGUCCAGUUGCAUUUUGUCUGUGGCAACAAAGCUCUGGCUCAUCGAUCACUGCCUCUGCAAGAAGGGGGCACACUGUUGAGGAUUGUCCAGAGAAUGAGGCUGGAGGCUUCACAGUUGGAGAGUGUGGCCAGAAGAAUGACGGGGGACAGUGAUUUCUGUCUUCUCCUUGCUCUGCCAUGUGGACGUGAUCAAGAUGAUGUCCUAAACCAAACUCAAGCUCUUAAGUCUGCAUUCAUCAACUACUUGCAGACAAAACUGGCAGCUGGUAUCAUCAAUAUCCCCAACCCAGGUUCCAAUCAGCCCGCGUACGUGCUCCAGAUUUUCCCACCCUGUGAGUUUUCAGAGAGCCACUUGUCGCAGCUCGCUCCGGACCUUCUGAACAGGAUUUCCACCAUCUCCCCACACCUCAUGAUUGUCAUCACAUUAGUGUAGCCUUCACGGCCGGGCCCUUUCCCAUCAAUGGAUGUUCUUUAUUCAUGAACCUCAGGAAAACCAGAGGAAUACUUUUUUCUUUUUUCUCUUUUUUAACCCCCUAUACUUCCCCAGGACACUGUGGGGAAUAUAUAGGACGGACCCUACCAACACCUUGCUUUUUUUUUUCCCCCUUGGUCUUUUUUCUUUUGUCACUCCUGUCUGGUAUAUUUGUCCUCCUCAAAAGAACUCAGGGAUGGAACAAACCAGAAUGAGUCUUACUUGACCAUUUCUCUGCUGUAUUUCUAUUUAUUGAAUUUUUAUUUUUAGUUGUUCAGAGAUGCUCUGAAGAAAAAAAAAAAAUCUGGAUGUUUGAACAAGAAUUGGUGAUCUAUCUGGGUGGCCUGUUUCUUUCAUUUGUCAUUUUGAUUGUCAUUUUCAUUUGGAUCAUAGAAGCUAUUGUAUCGCAGUGGCUGAAAAGACAUUUUAACAUGUAAUUUUAAAUAAUUAUGUACAGACUUCCUCACUCAGGCCUUCUUUGAAGGAGGAAGAAUUGUAAAUCUACGGAGACCCUGUUGAGGACCACGUUUAUUUAACAGCUCCUUUAACUCCACCAACUCUGCUCAUUUCCUCACUACUGAAGCAGUGACGUCUCAGGCACUUGCUUUUGUGUUGAACAAGCUACAGUAAGAUUUGGAAGUUUUUCAGUACCGGACAUUGUAAAUAUUUUAAAUAUUUAAACACAGACAGAUCUUGGACAGCUCAACAGACUUUGACUCUGGGACAUCAUGAAAUGCAGAGUGUGGAAAUUUAGAUGGAUCCUUAAUUUUUGGGUGUAAAUACUUGUAACACAAGAAGGUUGGCAAACUCUGCGGAGUCUGCUGAUGGCACUUCAUAUUUUGUAACUCAAAUAAAACUGCAGAAAA